UAAACGAAAGAAAAAUGUAUAUAUUUAUCAUUCCGACGUACUAAGUACGUCAGUUUCAUCAAAUCGUUGACUAUUGUCACUUCCAUGUAAUACAAUGGAAAUUCGAAUUUUAUUAUUCUUUUUUCUUCUAUCUUUUCUUAUAACCGAUGAUGUUAACGCAAAGAAAAUUGGAUUCUCUUUCUCGCGAGGUUUCUCGUCGCGAGGUUCCUCAUCGCGAGGUUCCUCGUCGCGAGGUUCCUCAUCGCGAGGUUCCUCAUCGCGAGGUUCCUCAUCGCGAGGUUCCUUGUCGACCGGUUUCUCGUCACGAGGCUCGUCAUCGCAUUCCUCGAGCGGGCAUACUUCAUUUGGAUCUAGUUCAAGCUCUACUAGCUAUGGAAGUUCAGCAGGGCGUAAAUUAGGAUCAAGCUCGACCGGAACUUUAUCAAAUCCGACUUCACAUCAGCAGAAUAAAGACAUGUCCACAUCUAUUUUACAUGCUGAACGAGGAGGUGCUAGUAGACCUCUUCAAACAAAUUCCGCACAAUCAUCUAGUCAACCAUUGGUACCUCAUAGCAAUGCAGGAACUAACUCUGGGAGUCAAUUAGGAAAACCAGGUUUGGUAACAGAGAAUAAACAAACUGCUGUACCAUUUAAUCCAUCAGCACCCUAUAAUCCAUCAGCACCGUAUAAUCCAUCUGCACCAUAUAAUCCAUCAGCUCCAUCAGCUGAUCAUUUAUCAAAAGUUAAUGUGGUACCUUCGCAAAGUCAUGUUUCGACAUCUCUUGGUCAACCAAAUGCGCCCUACAAUCCGUCACAUGGAACUUUACAUAAUAAUCCUUCGUGGAGCAAUCCGCAUUUCAAUCCAAGCCAAUCACAUCCGACUCCUACUAAUAUCGGAUUCAAAGAUCAUCUACGUCCAACUUCAAUGCCCUUUCCUUCGUAUACUCCCGUUCCGCCUUAUCCACGUAUAACUAAUCCUAUUUCUGGUUCCAAUCCUCCUUAUCCAAUUCAUUCUAUGAAUCAACCUCAUUCCACAUACAAUCCUAGCCAUUUAAUUCCCAGUCAAAUCGGACAUCCUUCUAGUUACCCAGCGCAUAUUCCACCACCUGUACCAGGUACAUUCGGAAAUCCUUACUCUACGCAUCCGGUUGGUGGGACAUAUGGUCCAGCCGGACAUAGCUACUAUCCUCAACAACACGUUCUGGCGCAACCGGCGGCGCAACCAUAUAUACCUGGACAAACCGUCAUAAUGGUUCCUGGUCAGCAAGACAGCGGUAGAGGCUUCGGUCAGAUGGUGAAAGAGGCACUCGUGUUUUCCACUAUUAACGCUGGCGUGAAUAGGCUAAUAAAUCCGCAUCAUCAUUACGUACCUGAUUAUAGCAGACCAGCGAGCCCUAGUACAACUGCGAGCGAAACGCAUAUAACUUAUAAUAAUCAUUAUUUUAACACUGCUCCUCCAGGCAAUACUCCUUCGGUACCAGCUUCGCCGAAUGUACCUCAGGGAAAUGUCCCAAUUACAUAUCCGGCUAAUUAUCCAAAUCCGGUGUACAAUCCGGCUAUUACUCCGGGUAUAUCAAUUCCUACGAUUACCGGGAACAACGGUAGCGUAGUAUAUCCAGCUAGUAAUGACUCUUCUGUGAAUACGGCGAAUACUAACAAUAUGGGAGGUCCUCCUAACAGAUUUCCCGCUGGUAACACAAUAAAUGAUCAAAAAGGACCCGAUCAAGAAACAACCAUUUAUUCUCCUCAAUACAAAAUAUCAGACAAUGAUCUAUUGAUGUUGACUGAAGAGUUGUUUGCGAAACAAGAAAUCAAUAUAUCGAAAUACUUGACAAUCUAUCUUCAGAAUAAAUCCGAAAAUGUAACCGAUAUAGCUAAAGCACCAUUAGUUUACGCAGAACCAGAGGUCUACGAUUAUCCGACAAUCCUUGUUAUUCGAGCGCUCUAUGACAAUUACGAGCACAAUUCCACUGUGAAAGAAAAUCGAACGCUUGAAAAACGAAAGAAAGAGGAUCUUCUGUUGGACGUGUUUAUGAGCACGAAUGUAUUAACUAGAGCUAUGCAAUGGUUGUCAGAUCGAGGUUUUAUGGAUCCGGAUGACUUCGAAAAAAAGGACACUCUGCGACAUAUCUGGUUUAGUCAAUUCGACGGCGCCACUUCAGGUUUCGAGCGAGUAUUCACAUCUGAAAGAUACGGCGCGGAUCUUCUUGGUGUGCAAGAUUGGAUCUAUUUUAAUUAUCAAGAAUCGAAGGGACGUAUUGAUUACAUGGGAUAUGUCGAUACCUUGAAACUCGGCGAUAGAGCCUCGUUAUUGAAGUUAAAUUUUAAAAUGGAUGAUAUUAUUAGACCGAACGCGACGAUAUUCAUGGGCACGCUUCCCGAGCUCGAAAUGUCCUUAUAUACUAUAUGCUUUUAUGCCAGACCGAAUGAUCUAUGUCCCGUUUCUCUUGGUGGAACUAAGUUUAAUAUUUUCACGCAUUCAUUUAGAUAUUUUGGGAAAGACCUCAUAGAUCUUGCGCUUCCAAUUUUUUAAUUCUAUAUUAUAUAACUAAAUAUGCGCCAACGUGAUAAUAGAAAUUAUCGAAUAUAUAUAAUAAUAUAUAUAAUGUAUGGGUAUAAUUUUAAAAUAAAAUAAAUAUAAUAUACUAAUGUAAAAAUUAUUGAAAUAUGAAUAAGAAAAUAAAUUUUUAUUAAUA